CAUUGUAUCAAUUUGGCAAAACGCACCCUAAACCUGUUUCAAAUUGUUAAUGAUUUUAAAAUAGCCAUAAUAAGUUAAAGACUAUAAAGACUGCUUAAAGUUCGCGUGUGAACCGCAGUUCGUUUACAUUUCUAAUAUCUAUUGCAUCUUCUCUAGCGUACGUUACAGCGGCUUGCACACACCUCGCCAUUUGAAGACAAGUGCCGCGGCGUGCGCCCGCGCAUAUGUGCCGCGUGCCGCGUAACUCUCCCGGCGAUUGCAACGUUCGUUUGUCGAAUGUCCACGCGAUCGUGCUGAGCAUAACAAAUAGUGUUUUCAAGCCAAGCAUAUAAAGUACACACAAGACCAUAUCAGACCGAGCGCGCGAACGUGUGGUGAUAGUUAUGUGUCCAAAUGACUGGUGCUUCAGUGUGCAAAACAUCCUAGAAUCGUUGUGACGGCUCACAACAAACAGAGUUAGUGUUCACCUGAUCAAUAGCAAUGCCAGGACACGCAGGAAGUCCCUACUGGGCUGCAGUAGAUUUCGAUAGUGAAGGAGAAGAAGCCCAAACACCACCAAGCAAUCACCGGGUGUACCUGGAUCCUUGGGACAACGAGGCCUACGGAAUGAUGCAAGCAGAGACGGCAGAAUCCAGUCAGGGAGAGAAUUUCAAUUCGUUUGCCGGCGAGCCAGUCAGUGCUAGUUUUUACUAUGUGCCCACGAAAAACUAUGAUUCUGGAGAAGAGCCGCCACUACCACCGCCCAGAUGGAAGAGGACUCCGCCUGAAGAAAUAAUUGCCCCUGGCCCUGAUUAUGCAAUAUAUGGACGGAAAGCAUCCCGAACUAUCGUCCCUGACUUUCCCCCUGAAGCCAUUUACGGCGAGAGACCAAUAAGAGACAGAAGAAGAUCCAUGUUCAUAGAAGAACCGACGUAUGUUCCUCAUCCGAUGUUGUAUGAGCCACUGUACGGCGGGGUGAUACCUCCAGGGUAUAUGCCUCCCCCUCCUAGAACCCGUAUGUCACUCUCUCACCCCUCAGAAUACGUGAUGGCAGGCCUUGGAUAUCCGAACAGUAGGAGGCAUUCCAGAAUGACUGAAGCCUACGAGCAAUUCGCUUACGAGAGCCUGUCUCCGGAAUACGAAGAUUGGGCACGACCUUUCCCAAAGACCGCUCCAGAUAAUUUUCAUUUAUCUAGAUAUGGACAUCUGCAGAUCGACUACUCUUGCAGCUGGAACUCGCUCGACAGGCUUAUUCGUAGCCAGCAUCGAGGGUAAUUAAUAGAAACAAAAAUGUUUGAAAUUCGAGGACUAAACAUUGUGUACCGAUCGCAUGAAUUAUGUGUAUAAUGCAUGCACGCAUGUCUAAACUGUGUGUGUGUAAACAUAGUGAUAGUUAUUGUGGUACGUAUAAUUUUGUGGCAGAAUAAUGCAAAUGUUUCUAAAUUAGCUAAAAGUGUAGAAUAGAUAGUUAGACACUAGUGUGCUCACUGUUAGAUGGAUGGAACGGUUUGAAAGUGUGUUCCGGAUAUUCUAAAAACUCCGAACGCAUCCCUGCACAAGUAAUGCUACUUUUAAACGAACAUUCUGAAUCGAAUAGAAUGUAGGUAAAACCGUUACAUGUAAACUGUAGUUUCUAUGUACAUAAUCCACAAAUGACUGUAGUUUGGACCCUUAAAGAGUUAUUUUAAGUGCCCAUUUAUUCAUUUGGUAAAUGACAACUAUGUAAUCUUUCAUCAUUUAGAAAUGUAACUUCCGCAUUUUCGCUCAGUAUAAUCA